GUCUCCUCCUCACCCUGCUAAUACAUCUGCCAGCUUUGGCAGGCCAAUGUCGGUCUUCCGGCCCGCUUGGCUGCCUGUUGGCUCCUAGCGCUUGGGCCUGUGUGCUGGGGCCGGCUCAUGCAUGUCGGGAGGGGUUUAUCCCCCUCAUCCACCAACAUCACGGGUUUCUCUGCAGUUCCGGACGUCCAUAACGGCGUGAAGCUGCGCAUUUACAUGAUGCCAUGACAACGGUGAGCUCCACAGCCCACGCCCUAUGAGGCGUCUGAGGUUGGGAGGGUGAGUCAUUUCUACCGAACAUGACAGCACAACAACUGAAGUAAAAUCCGAUCAGUGAUGUCAAUUCUCUCACACUGCUGAGUCGAGCUGUCUCGUUCCCUCUGCAAAAAUUGAGCGCACACCAACACACCAUGGCUUCCGACGGUCGCAAACAGCCGCCAUGGAUCCCUCCCCAACCCCGACCCGACGCACAGCUACCCCGACUAAAGAUCUACAACAGCUUGACGAGGAGCAAGGAUGACUUCGUCCCUGUCGAUCCGGAAGGGAAGGUGGUGACAUGGUACGCCUGUGGCCCGACCGUCUACGAAGAUGCCCAUCUCGGCCAUGCCAAGAAUUACGUCUCGACCGACAUCAUCCGACGCAUCAUGAAGGACUACUUCGGCUUCCGUGUCAAGUUCGUCAUGAAUACGACCGACAUCGACGACAAAAUCAUUCUUCAAGGGCGCCAGCAGUACCUGCUCUCGCGGUUCAAGCACGAGCACGCCUCUGAGGACGACUCGGUUAGCGAUCCGGUUUUGGCCGAGGGCAGAGCCGCAUUCAAGCACUACAUAUGCAAGAACCUUCCAUCUCUGCCCUCGGACACGAGCCCAGAGACCUUUUUCGAGGCAGUCGGCAAGGCAUACAAGGGAAAGGCCGGUCUUCCGCCUCCAGCCGACCCUGCGACAGGACAACAGGGCCAAGCUGCUACCGUCGCCGAGUUGCUGUUGAAAGUACACAUUGGAACCGCAGGCUCGGCUGCCGAGGCCCUGCAAGCCCCAGGAACGCUCCCUGCAUUUUUCGCCAAGACGGACGAUGUUUUGCUCCCAUAUCUCGAUUCCCUGCAUGGUGCUGAGAUGGACUCCAACAACCACCAGAUCUACCUGGAGCUGGGCCGGAAAUUCGAACGACGCUUCUUCGAGGACAUGAAUGCGCUCAACGUCCUGGUUCCCGACCAACUCACUCGUGUGACCGAGUACGUCCCCCAGAUUGUCUGCUUCGUUGAGAAGAUUGUGGCGAAUGGUUUCGGUUACGCUACCCCCGACGGCUCCGUCUAUUUCGACAUCGACUCGUUUGAGAAGGCUGGACACAGCUAUUCCCGCCUGGAACCUUGGAACAAGAACGACCGCGCACUCCAGGCCGAUGGCGAAGGUUCGCUGUCCAAAGGAAAGUCAAUGAAGCGGGGCGAGAAUCAUUUUGCACUGUGGAAAGCUAGCAAGCCGGGUGAGCCAGCAUGGCCGAGUCCGUGGGGUCAUGGGCGGCCAGGAUGGCACAUCGAAUGCUCUGCAAUGGCCUCGGAAGUGAUUGGGAAGACGAUCGAUAUCCAUUCCGGAGGCGUCGAUCUUCGCUUCCCCCAUCACGACAACGAACUCGCACAAUCCGAAGCCUACUGGUCGAGCCCGAGCUGCCAAGUCCAGUGGACAAAUUACUUUGUUCACAUGGGGCAACUAAGAAUUCGAGGCUUGAAGAUGAGCAAGAGCCUUAAGAACUAUACGACCAUUCGAUCGGUUCUCUCCGAACAGGAGUGGAGUGCACGUUCCCUCCGGAUUUGCUUCCUCCUCAUGCCUUGGCAAGAUGGUAUUGAAGUGACAGACGAGCUCAUGAAGGCUGUGGUUGGGUGGGAAGGCAAGCUUAACAACUUCUUUCUGAAGAGCUUGGACCUCUGGAAACAUUCCCUUGCCAAGACUUCAGGGCAAGAAGAGCUUGGUAUCGCAGACCAGCAACUAUUGUCUGCUCUGGAAAAGGCGAAAAUGGAUGUCGACAUGGCUCUUUGCGAUUCCUUCAACACCUCCGCUGUCAUGCGAAUCCUUUCUGAUCUUGUUACCGAGUCCAACUCGGCAGAGGGACUUUCCAAUCAGACAGUCUUCUUGCUCGCCCGGUGGGUAACGCGCAUCAUCGCCAUAUUCGGUCUGGAUCCCGAGGGGGAUCUCGGCAAUCCGGACCGCAUCGGGUGGUCGGGCCUCGAUAUCCCCGUGCUGGCAAAGCCCUACGUCUACCAUGCGUCGCAAUUGCGCGACAAAGUUCGGACCCUGGCCUGCUCCGGCUCGGUCGACCAUGCAGCUGUCGCGAAACUCGCUGACGGAACCACGAUUACGGCCUCAUCACCAGUGGCGGAGCGCUCCCAACCAUACGAUCUGGUGCUGCAGCAGUUUCGCACCGACGUCAAGGCCCUUGCAGCUCAGCAAGCGCCAGCCAAAGACUUGCUCGCUUUGUGCGACCAGCUCCGGGAUGUACAUCUCUGGAACCUUGGCAUCUAUCUCGAGGACCGCAACAGCCCCCAGCCCGCCUUGGUACGGCCCCUCGACAAGCUGCUCGUGGAGGCGCGCGCGGCGCAGGAAUCUGCUGGCGCUGCCAAGGCCAAGGCCAAGCUGGAACAGCAGGCCAGGGAGGCCGAGGCAGAGAGGGAGCUGCGCGAGCGCGCCAAGAUCCACCCCCUCCAGAUGUUCAAGACCUCGGGCGAGUACUUGGAAUGGGACGAAAGCGGCAUCCCGACGGUGGACGCAGCUGGGACUGUGGUGUCCAAGAACAGACGCAAGAAGCUGCUCAAGGAGUGGGAGAAACAGAAGAUGAGGCACGAGGAAUGGCUGGCGACGCAGCAAGCAGAAUAGAGAAGGGGCAUGGCAGAAAUAGUGUCUCUAUUCUCGGGUCAAGGUAGCUAUUUAAAGUGAUGUUACUAUGAUGCUGAGUCCAUGCCCUAGCCAAAGGCGUAAGGCAACUGCUCCUAUAACGC